ACAAAAAUAUUCUUCCGCGAGGUGAUGGCGGCUCAGCUGGCAGGAGCAGGGCAGCGCUCCGGGAAUAAUUUGGCGAAUACGUGUGUACUGAGAGGAAUAUGUAAAUCCUUCUCCACUCAUGGGAUAAAUAAAGAGCUUGAGGCCACUACCAGGAGGAUUAUUACGCCAUCAAGCUUUACCGUACAUAAUAAGGUUGGAUUGAGCACAGCACAAUGGGGAAGACAUCCAGGUCCCUUGGGUGGAAGGUUUCAGGCAGGAAAACUACACCAGAGGUUUGGUGUACGGAACUGCUUCCAUCCUGGUGCCUCAGCCCUGAGUCGGGAUUAUGUAGGAGUGUCAGCAAAGGACGUCACUGGCCGGGAAAUGCUGCGUGCUCUAGCCACUUACGUUUGGCCCAAAGGUAACACCAGAGUGAAGGCACGUGUGACCACUGCUCUGGGUCUGCUGGUUGGGGCAAAGCUCCUCAACGUGCAAGUUCCGUUCAUCUUUAAGGAUGUCGUCAACUACCUCAAUGAACACACUGGGGAUCUCAUGGCACUGUCUGACCCAGCUUCCACUGUUGCCACCACUGCCUUCUCCCUCAUGAUUGCAUAUGGUAUCGCCCGCACAGGAGCUGCAGGCUUCAAUGAGCUCCGCAAUGCUGUGUUUGCCAAAGUUGCUCAGGAUUCCAUCCGCAAGAUUGCCAAGAAUGUCUUCCUGCAUUUGCAUAACCUUGAUCUCAACUUCCACCUUAGCCGGCAAACUGGAGCUCUCUCAAAGGCCAUUGACCGUGGUAGCCGAGGUAUCAACUUUGUUAUGUCGGCUCUUGUGUUCAAUGUGGUACCAACCAUCUUUGAAGUGAGCCUAGUGGCUGGAAUUUUGGUCUACAAGUGUGGCUGGGAGUUUGCGGGUGUGACAGUGGGCUGCAUUGGUGCUUAUGCUGCCUUCACCCUCGGCAUUACCCAGUGGCGCACAAAGUUCAGGGUGGACAUGAACAAAGCAGAGAAUGAGGCUGGAAACAGAGCCGUUGACUCACUCAUUAAUUAUGAGACUGUGAAGUAUUUCAACAAUGAACAAUUCGAAGCUAAUCAAUAUGAUAAAUAUCUCAAGAAGUAUGAAUUGGCAUCCCUUAAGACUUCUACUUCCCUUGCUCUCCUGAACUGGGGCCAAAAUGUCAUAUUCAGCAUGGGCUUGUCAGCUAUGAUGAUUCUAGCUACACGGGAGAUCAUUGCAGGGAACCUAACUGUUGGAGAUCUGGUAAUGGUGAAUGGGUUAUUAUUUCAACUAUCUCUGCCCCUUAAUUUUCUGGGGUCUGUGUAUCGGGAAGUACGCCAGGCCCUGAUUGACAUGCAGACCAUGUUUACUCUCCUCCAGCAGUCUCCCACCAUCACGAAUGCUGAAAAUGCCCGGCAGCUGCAAGUGACACAGCAGGCAGCCAUCACCUUCAAUAAUGUCCACUUUGAGUAUAAUGCAGGCUUUCCCAUCUUUAAAGAUCUCAGUUUUACUGUUCCCACUGGCAAAAAGAUAGCCAUUGUGGGAGGCUCUGGUAGUGGGAAGUCAACCAUUGUACGGCUGUUGUAUCGCUUCUAUGAGCCUCAGAAGGGUAGCAUCACCAUCAACAACCAAGAUAUUGCACUUGUGGAUGUAGAGAGUCUAAGGAGAGCUAUUGCUGUUGUUCCUCAGGACUGUGUGCUCUUCCAUGACACCAUAGAGUACAACUUGCACUAUGGUGACCUGACCAAGGAUGUCACUGAGGUGCAGAGGGUGGCCUGCCUUACUAAGCUCCAUGAUGCUAUUUCCAGCUGGGCCAAGGGCUACAGCACUCAGGUUGGAGAGCGGGGUCUGAAGUUAUCUGGCGGAGAAAAGCAACGUGUUGCUAUUGCACGAGCCAUUCUCAAAGACGCCCCUAUUCUUAUUUUUGAUGAAGCAACAUCCUCCCUGGAUUCCAUUACUGAACAGGGAAUCAUGGAUGCAUUGAAGUGUGCCACAGAAGGAAGAACCAGUAUUUGUAUUGCCCAUCGAUUAUCAACAGUCGUUGAUGCUGAUGAGAUACUAGUACUUCAUGAGGGCCAACUGGCUGAACAGGGAUCACAUGAGGAGCUUCUGGCUCGUGGAGGCUACUAUACUCUUCUGUGGAACUCCCAGCACCUAGUUCAAUGAAAAGCUGGUAGCAACAACUUCAUGAAAAUGAGCCUCAGGGAAAAUAAACAUUUUCCACUACAUGAUUAAUCACUUGGCUGGCUGCACCACAAGAAUUAUAUAUACUGCAACCUUUACAGAUAAUGAAUGUAAGUUGGCACCAAGAAGUCAUUCUUCUCUCUUCUCCCUGAUUGGCUGUUGAUAUAAAGAAGUAUAUUAGUGAAAUGCACAUCAAAUGGGUGAUAUUGGAAUCACUGAAAGUUGUAAGAUUAAAUUAAAAACACUCAAUUCAGUCAUGUGUUACUACUAAAGAACAGAACUUUCAAAACUGGCAAUGUGACCUAGCCUUAAGGACAUUGUAAGUGUGAAAGAAAUAUCUGUGCAUAUUAUCUUGGAUCCAUUAAUUGCUUUUUCUUGUUUUUUAAUUAUCCAUUCUCCCUUAGUUUUGCUGCAAAUUGCUCUUUAUUUUAUUAGCAUUUUUAAUCAUGAACUCUGUAAAUGGUCUCAAUUAAGAAUAUUUGGCAUAUUUUAUUGAUAUGCUACUUUGUGUCUUCAACAGCUAAUCAGAGAGAGAGAGAGAGAGAGAGAGAGAGAGAGAGAGAGAGAGAGA